AUGCCUCCAGUCGCUCAGCUAGAUGCCCCAGGUCAGGAUAUGCGGGAUGCUAUACAGUGGUUGACCAGAUUGGUAGCCGCUCAGGCUCAGCAUCAGGAAGCUAGCGUUGAUCCGGCAGAUCGAGCUAUCAGUGUGAGGGUCAAAAUAUUUCUUGGUCUAGAUCCGCCAGAAUAUUCUGGAUUGAGGCAGAAUAUGGACCCCCAAGACUUUAUUGAUAGCAUGCAGAGGACUUUGAGGACAUAUGCACAGAAUAUGGAGGAUCGUAAGCGUCAACGAAGGACAGAGCGUGAGCGUGACCGAGGCUAUGGUAAGAAAGCUAGAUCUUUAGAUGUUGUUAGUGAUUUUAGGGAAGGACAGAGACAGCAGUAUUUUCGGUAUCCAUCCCAUUCAGCGGCGAGUGCACCUCCGCGGUUUUCAGGUCAGAUGAGACCGCCUUUUCCACGGUGUGCCCAGUGUGGUAGAUUCCAUGCUGGACAGUGUCGAUUGGGGUCUGACGCUUGUUAUGCUUAUGGCCAGCCAGGUCAUGUGAUGAGGGAGUGUCCGUCGAGGGGUGAUGUAGGUAUAGUUCAGCCUACAGGGUCCGUAGGUUGGUCUUCUUCAUCUGUGCACCCUUCAAGGCAAGGUUCUCCGACACCAACAGGACGUGGUAGAGGAAAGGGUGGAGCAACUAGUUCGAGCGGUCCUCAGAACCGUAUCUAUGCAUUAGCUGGUAGAUAG